CUUCCGCAUAUAUAAAUAAAAUCGGUCGAUAUAUUUUUUAGUAGAUAGCCUUAUAUAUUGAUUAACAGUGCCCACGAGUGACUGGUAUAAUGUUUGCCAAGAAACCAAAUAAGUCAGAAACCCUUAUCACCGUGAAGGAGCCGGAUAACAAAAACAGAAAACCCGCAGACGAAGAUGCUCCAGAUGGUUCUACAACAAAGAAAAGGGGCAAGUCCCCCCAGAAGAAAGAACCUAAGAAGCCCAAGAAGCCGAAAAAAUUUCGCACUAUGAAGUCCUUCUUCCGCAGCGAGGACAUGGAACUGUGCCAGCUACUGCUCCACGUGGACAACGCAUUCGACUGCAUCAUGGAGCUGGGACACCAGGGCAAGGUGCAGUUCAACAACAUCUACGACGAGGACAGGCUUCUGAACAACCUCUACUCACGGAAGAUGACAUCCUGCUACGAGCAGCUACGGCUGGUGGACAACCUACACCAGCAGAUCAUCCAGAUGCAGGUCAAGGAGAUCUUCUACCCGGCCGUCGACAAGGAGGAACGCCUCCUGGAGAAGGAGCUGGCCAUGUACGGGGACCGCCUGCGUCGGUUGUACGUGGAGAGUGCCGCCCUGGUGGAGCACUCCCACCGUUUGGAGCAGCGACGCAACAAGAUGAUCGAGCAACGGUACGCCAUCACCAAGGCCAACAAGUUCCUGGCCUCGGACAUGGGCAGUGAAUUGCUCUACUCGGAGAGCACCAUGAUUAGUCUGGUGCAGGACGCCACCGUGGCUCCGGUGAACACGCAGCUGAACUAUGUGAUUGGCACCAUCCGGGCGGACAAGUUCUACAGCUUUGAGCUGCUGCUCUACAGAAUGUGCGGCUUCAAUCUGAUCAUCCGGUUUGCCGAGAUACCCACCCCCGUCACGGAGCACCACCGCGAGAAGCGGUCGGAGAAGGUGCGCAAGUUUACGAUUCUCAUGAUGGCCACCUCGGCGAUCAUCUGGACAAAGGUGCUAAAAAUCUGCACCCACUACCAUGUCAACAUCUACGACUGUCCCCGUUCGUCUCGCUUGCGGGAGGAAAAGGUCCGGGAGCUGGCCAGCGAGGUCUCCAACAUUGAAAAGGUGCUGGCCGAGGCGAUGGCUAUGCGCCGCCAGAUCCUCGAGAUGGCGGCCCAAGAUCUCUUUAUUGUGCGGGUGAAUCUCCGGAAGGCCGCCAAGGUCUACGAUGUCAUGAAUCGUCUGAGAAUGAUGGGUGGCUUGGAGGCGCCCAGCUUCCUCUUAGCUGAAUGCUAUGUCCCAGCUUCAGAUGUCCAGGUGGUCCGGAAAUCUCUGCGCCAGGCCUCCCGACUAAGCGGCGGUGCUGAUAAGAAUGACCAGAAGGAAAACCCGCCCGCCAAGUCAGAUCCGGAUCAGCAAGGCGCACCAUCGUCAGCUAAGGAGGAUCCUGACGACGAUGAGACCGAGACCGAACUGGGCAGCGUCAACUAUAACGGAAAAACGGAAGACGAUAGUGAAAACGAGACUGAAUUGAAGGAGGACGCCAAGAUGACACCCCAUUGGGACCACGAAGACGUCGAGCGCGAUUACUUCAACUUUGAGAUGAUAACUACCGAGGAGGUAUCGUCGCGCCCCAUCCUGAUGAAGAAGCACCGCAUGGUGAAUCACAUGCCGCCGACCUACUUUCGGGUCAACAAGUUCACCCGGGGCUUCCAGAACCUGAUCGACGCUUACGGGAUUGCGGAUUACAAGGAGCUGAAUCCGGCUCCGUACACCAUCAUCACGUUUCCCUUCCUGUUCGCCGUCAUGUUCGGAGACGUCGGACAUGGCAUUCUGCUAGUCGUCUUUGCCGUGAUUCUGAUCUGGAACGAAGAGGCGAUCGAGAUCAACCAGAUAAGCGCCGUGUCGGAGAACGAGAUCCUCAACAUCCUGUUUGCCGGCAGGUACAUCGUCCUCCUCAUGGGCUUCUUCUCCAUCUACAUGGGCUUCAUAUAUAACGACUGCAUGUCCAAGGCGAUCAAUCUGUUCGGCUCCAGCUGGAGCUGUCGCUACAACCAGGAGACCGUCUCGGAUGCCAUGAGCCAGUUGACCUUGGAUCCCUCGGACAAGACUUUUUACACCGGGAAUCCGUAUCCCUUUGGACUGGACCCUGUGUGGCGCUAUUGUGGCCAGGACUCCAUCACCACCACCAACUCCCUGAAGAUGAAGAUGGCCAUCAUCAUGGGCGUGACGCAAAUGAUGUUCGGCCUGUUCCUCUCAGCUGCCAACUGCGUUCUGAUGCGCAAGAACGCGGAUCUCUUCCUCGUGGUCAUCCCGCAAAUCAUCUUCAUGACCUGCCUCUUCGGCUACCUGGUGUUCCUUAUCUUCUUCAAGUGGCUGACUUUCGGGGGCCACAAGGGAGCUCCCUACAACUCCAGCUGCGCCCCCUCGGUGCUCAUCCGCUUCAUCAACAUGAUGCUGAUGAAGAAGGCCGAGGGGGUGGACGAGCAUUGCCUGCCCGACAUGUUCCCUGGCGAGCGUAUGGUGGAGUAUGUCCUGGUGGGUGUGGCUCUGUCGGCUGUUCCCAUCCUCUUGGCCGGCAAGCCACUAUUCCUCAUGCGUCGCCGCAAGGUGCAGGCUGCCGAAGUCCGAGGAUCCCAUCGAUCCCGAGAUCAGCGCCGGCAGACCAUCAAGGAGAUGCGCUCCACCAUGCACUACACCAACGACCUGGACGAGUCGAUCAGCGAGUCUAGUCGGGCCCGGGUCGUAGUCACAGAGGAGGAGUUCGACAUGUCUGAGAUCUGGAUUCACUCGGCCAUUCACACGAUCGAAACGGUCCUGGGCUCCAUAUCGCACACCGCCUCCUACCUCCGGCUCUGGGCGCUCUCCCUGGCCCACGACCAGCUGAGCGAGGUCCUGUGGCACAUGAUCCUGGACGAGGGCCUUGCUCACAAGGGCUCUCUUAUCGCUUCGGUGCCCGUUCUCACCGCCGCCUUCUUCUUCUGGGCCAUUCUUACUGUGGCCAUUCUGGUGAUGAUGGAGGGCCUUAGUGCCUUCCUCCACACUCUCCGCCUGCACUGGGUGGAGUUUCAGUCCAAGUUCUUUGGCGGCGCCGGCGAGAACUUCAAGCCCUUCGCCUUUCCCCCGUCGAACCACCGCAGCUAGCUUUUACUUUUGUUUUUUUGGUAAAAGCGAGCCGAGUGCCUUGCAAUUUUAAAAUUUGUAUAUUGCUUACUAAUAUACGAGUAUGGAUAAUGAUUAA